AAUUUAUGGGAAUAUUGUAAUCACUAUAGUGAUUUGAUUUCAGGAAUAUACAAAGAAUUUGAAGAAGCCACCACAUCAGAAAUAAGCAAAAUCAUUUUACAAAAAGAAAAAAAAUCAAAACAUACUUGGGCUCAGAAUUACAACAUCAACAACAAAAACCAUUUGGAACAAUAUUUCAUGGACUCUCAUAUGUAG